GGAAACCAAUUUGACAAUAAAUUUAAUAAUAAAAAAAUAAAAGAAUAAAAGGAUCGGUCUUCUAAAAAAUAAAAAUUAAAAAAAUAAACCAUAUUACGAAGCCAUAGUUAUCAACAUAACAUCCUUCAGACAUAAUGACAGGCAUAGAAUAACGGACAAGUGUUGGUGAGCUAGACCUGACUUCUCCAAUGUUAAUGUUCAUGACAAUGAACUGAAGAUUUCAUUAAAUUCACAUUGUGACUUGGAUUUCUGGCUGAGGUGUGAGUUUCCAUAUUUCACUCAAAUUGCAAGUGACACUAACAUAGUCAUUUCAAGAGACAUGAUUUUAAUUCCAAAAGAAAACAAAAGGGAAAAAAGAAAAGAAAGAAGGAACAAAUCAUGAUGACUUUGAAAUUUAAGAUUAUUGUGGAAAGUACAAAUUGUAACCUUGGGAACAAUAACCACAAUUUUCCUUGAACAUUUCUUACACAGUACAAACCAUUCUAACACUUUUUCAUAAAUUCCCCCAUGAAUCCACGGUGACCAAUGAGAAUAUUAGAUGUGAUUUUCAUCUUUCACAAGAAUAUCUUGGAAAAACUUUAGUCCUAGUGGAGCUUGAGUUUUAGCUCAGAUUGUCUGUCUUUGAAUUUGUCUAAUGGAACACACUGACCAUUAUACAGAGGAAACCCUAAAAGAAGGUUCAGAGUAGGUUUCAAAGUGAAAGAGGUAACACAAACACGACUGAACCACAGACCUCAUCAACCAAAAGAGCAGAGCAAGGAUACAACACAAAAUAUGAAAAUUACAAAUCAAAUAAAAAAAAAAAACGAAUGUGAUAGAAUUAAACUGUUUUGGUCACUGAAACCAAAAAAUGUUUUCAGGGGCUUAAAACGCACAGAUCUAUUUGUGGUGGAAGCUUUUUGUGUCCCCCCAACACACCACAGAGACCAACACUCACAUUGAUAUAACCCACAGUUAUUGUUUGUGAAUUCCCUAGGGUUUUCAAAGUUCUCACCCCAUUGAUCUUUUCUGCUGAAUUAUAUUUUACAUAUUUAAGACAGUUGCGUAUGUAUGAUGCAUAUUUAUUUAUUUUUUUUCUAGAGCAACAGAGAGGUGAUAAGGAGCAGUCCAUCUGUGACAUGAGUAUAGAAUCCAAUGGAAACUUUCAGCAGCAAGGCCUGACUGAUUUACAAUUUCCACUUCCUACACUAGUAUCUCCAGCAAACAGGAGAGCUUUAAUUUUCUAAAGAGACUAAAAACAACAUGACUCACAGAAGCGAAUUUCCAGCUUCAAUGAGGUGAUUUAUGCACAUCUUUCAGUAAAUCCUCCCAAGGAAUUUAACAUUACAUGGGAAAAAAAUAUUAACCUAUCAUGGAGGGAUCUUGCAGAGAGCACAGAGAGAAUGAAAUACAGAGACCCGUAAUGAUUCACAGUUGUGUCAGGUACCUAGCAUUCUUGAAAGGACAUAUAAUAACUGCUGGAAAACACAUGUCCAGAGCAGCAAGUAAGUAAAUCACAAUCUAAAAGUAAACAUGAAAACAUGUUGACAGGAACCCUAGUCCUCCUGCUGACUGACAUCCUAACUUUUUUUCUUUCAAGGAUGAUGUUCUUGUAUUCCCUCCUGAGAGUACCCAGAGCAAGGUACCUCUCCAUAUAAAUGUUAUUCAUCCAGUAAGGUAGAAGAGGAACAGGCAGAGUCUCCUACCUCAUUUAUCUCUAGGAAAGAACAAUAAAAACGUGAAUCCUUUUGAGGUGGUAGAAAAAGAGAGGGAAGAGGCACACCUCAAGUGGGAACUAACAGGUUGAAUCACAUGUCCACGAAAUCCAGCUUGAGUUCAGUCAUGGGCACUAAGUGUGUUUACAAAAUGAAAUAAAACCACACAAUACUUCUAUAAUCAGAAGCACACUGACCCUUCUAGGCUGUAGAACAUAAGCCCCAGAUAAAAUUCCAGGCCUGCAUCACAGGAAAUGAACAGUUUCAAAGGAUGAUUAAACAUGGGGAAGAGGACAAAAUAGGUGAGCCUAAGGCCCUUCUCUUUCCUCUUUCCAUUCAAGCUGCCUCCACCCUUGCAUGAAGAAUUUGGUCAUCCACUUUUAUUUCUCCUCCUUAUAGUCACCAUGCCAAACAUAUUCUUGGAAAUAGUUGCCUCUUUUACCCAGUAAUGCAGGUACAACUGCUUCUGAUUGCAAUGUUGCAUUUCUUAGCUUGGAGACUAUAAAUUCCAUAGCCUUUAAAAAUAUCAAGUUUUCCCUGUCCUUUUAAUAAUUCCCACAGCUUCAUGCUACAGGAUGUCUUGUGUUUUCAACUCAGGUUUCUUCCCAAAAUCUGACUGACUAAAAUGAGCAUGGACAUAAAGUUUAGUUGCACUUUGGUAUUUUCCCAAAAGAAUUCACUUAUACAGAACAGCCUUCAGAAGACAUGUGCCCAUUAUUACAGGCACUUUAGGAGAGGAGAGAUGAGACAGAGAACAUGGCAGGGCACGCAAUUUGAGAAGCUCUCACAGAAAUGACUGUUCUUCAUGUAUCUCCAGGGCUGCUCAGCCAAUUAGGACUCCAGACUCCUCUAGAUGCUCCUAUUCACUUUUCCACUCAGCUACGCACACUCUCCUCUCUCCCAUGUCCUACCUGUCCUCCAGCAAUUUAUCUUUAUCUCCAUUUUGAUAAAGACAAAUUAGUCUUCCUAAGUCUGCAUCUUACUAUGAACACCUAGGAGGAGCAUGAUUUGGAGAGUAAGUUAGCUUUCAUUAUAGACAACUUCUUAACAAAAUAGUUUAACCUAUACAUGUACAUGUGGAUUGGUAUCUACUUUGUUUUCUCUUUUUUCUCUUCAAGUAUACUUGACUCACAAUGUUACAUCAGUUCGGUGUACAACUUUGUCAUUUGACAACUCUACAUGGUUAAUUAUGCUCACCACAAGCGAGCUACCAUCUGUCAUUAUACGCUGCUGUUAUAAUACCACUGAAUGUAUUCCCUGUGUUGUAUCUUUUAUCACCAUGACUUAUUAAUUCCCUAACUGGAAGCCUAUCCUUCACUAUCCCAUUUACCCAUUUUGCCCAUUCUCCCUCCCUGUUCCACCAUGGUAACCAGAUGUUUCUGCUUUUGUUGUCCUUUCUUGCCAUUUGUAACAAUGUACAUAGACCUAGAAUGUAUUCUGCUAUGUAACAUAAGUCAAAGAAUGAAUAGUAUGUGACAUCACAUAAAUGUACUAAUAAAUAACAAAACAAAUGCACAAACAAGAGGAGAAGCCAACACAUGAAUAUCUACUUUGAUAAAGACCAUGGAUACUCUCAAGACCUAUAAAAAUUGCAUGAUUCCACACAUUCCAUAAGGUAACAAGCUGGUCUGUAACUAUUUUCCAAUCCUGGCUGAAGAUAGGAGACUCCUAGAUCAAGAUCUAAGAAUUGUAUGGCUCAUGACAGCAAACACCAUAAACAUCUUGAUCACUCUAAUAUCACCUGUCAGCCCCACCCCCAACUCCUACAGGUAGAUGCUGCACAUACCAUGCGUUUGUGAGAUCCUGGGCAUAGGAAAACCCUCUAUCUUCAAGGAAUAUCUAGCUCCUUCCAACCAGGUACCAUAGAGCUAAUCUGAAUGCACUGGAAAUCACCCAAAAUGCACAUUGUAGCACAAGGGAUACACUCCUAACCACCCUAUAAACAUACCAAAAUUUGUGCACCCAAAAUCAUGGCAGACAUCUUUUUAUCCAAAAGCUAUCACUGUGGUUUAGAUUCCUUUAGAGACAGUGAUGAAUGUGUUGUCUAUACUCGUGUUUGGCACUAAAGUCUGUAGAACUUAACCAUUCUGCUAUGGAAAUAGAGAAAUAAGCAUUCAUGUCAGCAAGGAGGCACCUUGUACGUUUUUGAGUUCAAAACUGAUAUUGAGAAUGUAGUCUCAUGAGAUUUGUAAUCACUACUAGAGGCAGAAAAAGAUAGAGAACUAACAGAAGUCUCUUCCAAGAUGACACUGAUGUUAAUCCAUGUGAAGAGAUGACUUGUUCAAGCAAAUGAAGAGAGCACGCUAGAACAUUUUCAGAAUACACUGCAAUUUGUUAGCCACGUUGGAGGAAAAAAAAAAUAAAGAUAGAAAAUCUCUGUCUGUACACAAACCACAUAACACGGUUAUUUUGAAUACAUUUCUGAUUGAAAUUGUAAAGAUAAUGAUAUGCUUUGAAAAAGAAAAAUAUUUGUGCCUGUGGUCUCUACAUAAGAGAGGAUUUCUAAAAAAGAUUUAAAAACCCCCACUAGCCAUCAAAAGGAAUUAUAGAGGACCAACAUUUAUGUUUCUUGAUCUCAGUGGCUUACAGAUAUGUGAUCAGUUUGUGAAAUUCCAUUGAGACGUUCCUUUAUGAUCUGCACAUGUGACCUCACUGAAAACAACAAACUCCUCAUCAAAAAAUAGAAGUCAAUAGAUAAGUAUCAAUGUACACACAAUGACACAUUGAAAUUAAAUGUAGAAAGUAAUGUCACACCAUGACUAAAUUUUAAAGGCUUGCUUCAAAAAAGGUAUGUUUUUAUUUCUACCUAAAGCAAUAUGUUGCUGAGUAUACAAUGCCCACAGAAAUAGAAUGAUACAUAGAUCUAUUUUCUGAAUGUGAAUACAGGAAAACACAACAAACAAAUAAUAAGUAGAUAAAGUGUAAGGAAAAAACAAACAUGGUAAAUCCAAACCCCAAUAUCUUCAGUAGAAUAUGAAACAUAAAUAAACAAUAUGUUCCUGGUAACACAAAGCUUUGCUUGAAGAUACUACAUUGAAAAUUUCCUAGAACUAUACCUAAAAGAUGAUAAAAUUGGAAAAAUAAACAAAAAACAAAACAAACCAUGUAGUCCUAAACAAUCAAACAAGCAGCAAGGCAAUAUAUCAUAUAGAAUAAUCUUUAAAAGGAAGGAGUUUGUCCCUGUAUUAUUACUGUUAUUUUUCAAUAUCAAGUUACACUCUUUCAAUAUUCUACUCCAUGGAUAACAAACAAUCUUCGUGUAUGUGUGCAUAUUUAUACACACACAUACAUUUGUAUUAAACAUACAAAUAUAAAUACAUGUAUAUAUGGAAACCUUUCUUUUCUUAGCUCAUAAGACAUAAAAACAUUCGUCACAAAGGAGUGACAUCACAAAAACGGUGACAGAGUUAGUUCCCACUCAGUACUUUUCAGAGUAAGCUCAGCUGCCAACUAUUCACAUCACUGGGGAAAUCUCAGUACCCCAAAAUAACAGGUAUUGAAAAGGAAUUCUUGUCCUUCCAUUGAACCAAUGCGAAAUGGACUGCUGACCUUCAGGGAUGUGGCCAUAGAAUUCUCUCAGGAGGAAUGGGGAUGCCUGAACCAGAGUCAGCGAGAACUGUACAGGGAUGUGAUGUUAGAGACCUGUGGACACCUCCUCUUCUUGGGUCUCAUUGUGUCGAAACCACACCUGGUCAUUUUUUUGGAACAAAAGAGGGAGCUCUGGGAUGUGAAGAGAAAGAAGACGGUAGCCUCACCAGCAGCUAUAGCUUCACAUGGCACCCAGAAUUUCCUGCCAAAGCCAUGCAUAGAAGCCUCUUUACAAAAUAUGUCACUGGGUACAUGGAAACAUCAUGCCCUUGAGAAUUUACACUUGAUAAACUGCGACAGUGAUAGAAAGAAUGAAGUGCAUCAGAAGUUUUAUGAAGGACGUGGUCCAAUUGAGACGAGUGCCCAUAAUAAGAACCUCACGGCCGCAAGUGGUGAAGGACAUAAAACAUCUUGGAAAACCGCUCUUUUUACAUCCACUAUUUGUGCAAAGGAGUGCACAUCUGUAAGAAGUUCCAAUGAAAUAUGCAAAAAUACAUAUUUGUGCAACGAAAAUUUGGAACAUUUGGAAAGUUACCCCAUCCACACUGAAAACAAUGCUUUGAGCCAUUGUGAAAGUGGGAUUGGAUUGACCUUUCAGUCAAAUAUUUCUAAAACUCAGAGAUUCAAAAAUGAAGAUAAAAGGCCUAGGAUGUAUCAACUUGGGAGGCGCUUCAUAGAGGAGGUGACCGUGCAACAUUACCAGAGCAUUUUCAGUGGAGAUACACUGGCUCAAUAUAGUGAAUCUGAGACACAGUCUAACCAGGGAUCCCAUGUUAGCAAACAUCUGAGGACUCUGCAAGAAAACCAUUUUGAAUCUAAUAAAGAUGAGGAAGUCUUUUACCCAAACUCCAAGCGUACCAAGAGUAAGAGAACGCAGAGGGGAGAAAAUACUUCUAAAUAUGAUGAAUGUGGGAAAGCUCUGAAGCAGUCCUCCAGUAUUGCUGAUCAUCAGAGGAUUCGUGUGGGGGAAAACCCAUACACAGGUAAUGAAUCUGGGAACAUGUUUAGUCAAUCGUUAAGUCUAAAUACGUAUAAGACAAGUGGUACUGGAGAGAAAAGGUACAUUUGCAAGGAAUGUGGCAAAACCUUUGACAGGCACUCAACACUAUCUCAACAUCAGCAAACGCAUACUGCAAAGAAAAUUGACAAAUGUGAAGAAGGUGGUCAAACCUUUAAGGAUGAGUCACUCCAUGCACACAGGCAAAUCCAUACUGCACCUCACAAAUGUCAAACAUGUGGCAAGGCCUUUAGCAAGCAAUCAUCCCUUAUUCAACAUCACAGAAUGCAUACUGGAGAGAAACCUUACAAAUGUCAAGAAUGUGGCAGGGCCUUUAGCCAGCAAUCAUUGCUUAUUCAGCAUCACCGAAUCCACACUGGAGAGAAACCUCACAAAUGUCAAGAAUGUGGCAAGGCCUUUAGGCAGCAAUCAUCCCUUAUUCGACAUCACCGAAUUCAUACUGGAGAGAAACCUCACAAAUGUCACGAUUGUGGCAAGGCCUUUAGCCAGCCAGCAUCCCUUACUAAACAUCACAGAAUGCAUACUGGAGAGAAACCUUACAAAUGUCAAGAAUGUGGCAAAGCCUUUAGCCAUCCAACAUCAAUUAGUCGACAUCACAGAAUUCAUACUGGAGAGAAACCUUACAAAUGUCAAGAAUGUGGGAAGGCCUUUAGCCAGCAAUCAUCCCUUAGUGGACAUCACAGAAUCCAUACUGGAGAGAAACCUCACAAAUGUCAAGAAUGUGGCAAGGCCUUUAGACAGCAAUCAUCCCUUACUCAGCAUCACAAAAUCCAUACUGGCGAGAAACCUUACCAAUGUCAAGAAUGUGGAAAAGCCUUUAAUUAUUCCUCACGACUUACUGAACAUCACAGAAUUCAUACCGGAGAGAAACCCCACAAAUGUAAAGAAUGUGGCAAGGCCUUUAGCGAAUACUCAGCCCUUACUCGACAUCAUAGAAUUCAUACCGGACAGAAACAUUACCAAUGUAACAAAUGCAGCAAAACCUUUAAUUUGUGUUCCAGCCUUACUAAGCAUCACAGAAUCCAUACUGGAGAGAAACCUUACCAAUGUCAAGAAUGUGGCAGAGCCUUUAUCCAGCAAUCAUCCCUUACUCAGCAUUACAGAAUGCAUACGGGAGAGAAACCUUACAAAUGUCAAGAAUGUGGUAAGGUCUUUCGUCAGCAAACAACCCUUACUCAGCAUCAGAGAAUUCAUACUGGAGAGAAACCUUACAAAUGUCAAGUAUGUGGCAAGCUCUUUAGCCAGCAAUCAUCCCUUAGUCAGCAUCAGAGAAUUCAUACUGGAGAGAAACCUUACAAAUGUCAACAAUGUGGCAAGGCCUUUAGGUUGCAGUCAGACCGUAAUGGCCAUCACAGAAUUCAUACUGGAGAGAAACCUUACCAAUGUAAGACAUGUGGCAAGGGCUUUACCAAAUGCUCAGGACUUCGUCAACAUCACAGAAUUCAUAUGAACCAACCUUACCAAUGUAACGUGUGCAAAAGGCUUUAAUCACCAAUCAUCCUUUAUUCAAGAUUACAGAAAUUAUCUUGGAGCAAAUGUUACAGAGUUUAAGAUUGUGAGGGAAUUUUUUUCCCCACUUUUUAAAAAGUUUUUCUUCGAUAGAAUGAGUGGGAGGGUGCAGAGGCAGACACACAGAAUGAAAAGCAGGUUCCAGGCUCCAAAGUUUUGGCACAGACAGCUCAGAGCCUGAUGCAGGGCUCGGACCCAUAAACUGCUAUAUAAUGACAUGAGGUGAAGUUGGAUGCUUCACUGACUAAGCCACCCAGGCACCCCAAGACUGUGAGAGAACUUUUAAGGACAGCUCAAAGCUACUCUACACCACAGAAUCCACAUUGAGGAUUAACGAUACCCAAGUAAACAAUGUGGCAAGACUUUAACCAACGCUGAUCCCUGAUUUCGUGUCAGAGAAUGUGUCAUAGAGAUGAUUUUUCACAUAGAAAGAUUCUGGAAAGCCCUUUAAUGGUGCUCAGGCCUCAUUCCACACCACCAAAUUCAUACUUGAGAGAUCCUUACAAUUGUAGAGAAUGUGGCGAAACAUUUCACUCGGCUCAAGCCUUACUCACCAUCACAUUGUUCAUACAUAGGAGGAACAUUGCAAAUGUGAUGAAUGUGGCACACCCUUAGGUGGAAGUCCUACCUUAUUCAACAUCAUAAUUCCCAUAUGAGAGGAAAACUCUAAAAUGUAAAGAGAAUGACAAAGCUUUCAUCUGGAACUCAAUCCUUAUUCAAUAUCUCCAAAUGCAUGUGAGUUCAAACCAUUCAAACUUAAUGCAUGAGGAAAGCCCUUCUUCAUAAAUAUACCAUGUGGAAAACAUCAGAGAGUACCAAAAGGAAAGUAAGUUGAAAGAUUGAAGUAUUUAAAAAUAUAUUUAACUGAACAUAUAAUGUCAACACGUGUCACAGGAUUCACAGCAGAAAGCAGUAAGUCUGUGUAUUCAGACAUUACAUCAAAAUACUUAUUAGCAGGAAUAAUACAAAGGUAAACAUUUAGAUAAUGUAUAUGCUUAUGCUUUAAAUGAUAAAAGGGAUGGCAUUUUGCAUACAUAUACUCAAUAUUUUUACAUUAACCUAUUUAAGAUUUGUGACUAGUAAACAUUAGUAUGCUUCUUAUUCUCAAAUCACUUCAGAAAAUUCAUUUAUUCCUAGUGGGUGUGUGAACGUAUGUGGCUGAGUAUUGCUGCAUCAAUGAUAUGAGUUCCCUUCUUUCUUAGGUGGGACUCAUACAUAUGUAAUUUUCCAUGGAAGGUGAAGAAGAAGAGUUGAAUAAAAUCUAAAUGAAGAUACUUUCUGUGCCUCUAACCUUGCUGUAAUUAUCAUGAAAGAGGUGUUCAGGACACCAUUGUCCAUUUAUUUCAACUAAAAGUGUGUAUCACAAAUAAAAUGUUGUACUAAAUGAUCUUUAAGGGAAAGAGGGUCAGUCCACUGAAAAACGUGAUCCAGGUUCAUCAUAGCAAUAGUUACAAGUACAGAAUAUCAAUAUCAAUAUCAAUAUCCUGAUGUAAUUGAAAGGAAGAAAUCUUCACAGAUAUCAGAAAGAAUAUAGCAAAACCUUCCUAAAAUGGCUAGGAUACUACAUUCACAUUUUUGAACAAUCACCUCAGGCCUGAAAGAAUUUCAGUAGGCAAACUUAAGCUGUACAUAACUUAAAAUAGACUGUCGUGUCUUCUUGAAUCUUCAUGGUAACCAUGGAGCACACUGGUAAUCGAUACCCAAAAGAUAAAGAGAAAAGAAUCAGGGUUUACCAUUCUUGAAAAUCAUCAGAUCACAAAAGUAAAGAGAAAAUGGAUAAGAAAGGGAGCAAGAAUUCUAAAGUAGCCAGAAAACCAUGGAAAGAAUGACAACAGUAACUCCAUUCCUGUAUCAAUACUUCCUUUAAAUAUAAAAGGACUAAAUUCCCAAUCAAAAGAUAGAGAUGGGCUGAAUGGAAAGAAAUCCAAGACCCAGUCCUAUGUUGUGCUCACAAGACUCACAUCUGCUUUCAGAACACACUCAGCCUGAAAGUGCAGAUAUUCAAAACGAUAUUGCAUGCAAUCGGAAACCCAAAGAAAUGGGGUGGCUAUGCUUCAGACAAAACAGACUUGAAUGCAAGGACUAUAAUAAGACACGGCAAGGUCAGUAUUAAACAAAUGGGUCACUUUGUACACGGUUUUUAGUUAAUGCGCUAUUUGGCAGAAGGCAAUAAAGUCUCCCCCUGUUUUGGUUUUGGAGGACAAUAAUAGUUUGGUUCUUUAACUCGUACUGACACAUUUAAAAGAAACACCUUUUUUCUGUAAGUGUGGGUGGUGUUUGUGCAGAUGCCUGAAAUGUAGUUUGUGUAAUGUUUCUCCACAUGUGUAUCUUAUGACGCCUUGAAAUGGCUACUUGAUAUUCAAAAACUGAUUGCUACCUUGAGAGGACUGGGGAAAAUAAAAAACAAUAAAUGACAAUGUGAGAAAGUC